AUGCAUUUUGUCUGGUUUUUAUUUGUAAUUUUUUUGGUCGAUAAAGACACAAAAUACAUCAAAAAAUGAAAUUUUUCGGGUCAUUUCAGAUCAUGGUGUUUUGCUAAAGAUUUCUGCUCAUAUUACCUCUAGGGUUUAAUUCUAACCGUUUAAAUAAACUGUCAGAUCAUCCAUUAUAUUAGAUUGAAGAUGUUAGAAAUGAAGUUGGGUAGAUUUUGAGCAAACGUUGAAUCAAAUAUUGUGACCUUUGUUGUCAGGGGGUCGAAGAGUCUAAAAAGGUACCCAACAUUGUAUUCUGCUGCAGUGAUGAUGUCUCCAUUAAAACUGUACAUGUUAAAAGAGACCAAUUAAAACACCUUUUAUUCUUUUUUGAUUCAACCUCAGUGCUGUCUUUCCAAAUUGUUACAUUAGAAAUCACAAAGGAACAAAUAUUAAUGCCAAGAGCUUGUGUUAACGUAACCUACAGAAUGGGUUUGUUCCCUUAGCAUUAGGGAACCUGACAUUGUUAUGAAGCAGUCAGCAAUCCCUUCUUCUCACUGCACUUUUAGAUAGCUUUGAACAUUUCUCACUUUAGCCCAUUUUUUUUGUUUUGGUUGAAAAACCAUGGCAGUACGUUAAAUGAAUCCCAUUACCAAACUUGUGUUUCAAAAUCAACCCAGUUCUGGAUCUUUCCGCCAUUGAUUCGGGGUUACGUUUAGUAAAAUCACCCAAUUUGGGUUUUGUCCUGCAUUGUUUAUGGUUUAUGCCGGCUUAAAUCUCUGGACGAUUCCAAGAGUCCCAGGUGAAACGUUACAAGAGAUUGUUGUUUGCUUGUAUAUUUAAUCCUGCUUGAUGUCCAAGUGGAAGAAGUUGGUAUUUUGUUUCAGAUUUCAUAUGAGGCAAGAUGGGAGUCCAAUGUAAAUCUUCUCAUUUUUACCUUGUGUUUGUCAACACACAUGUCAGUUAACGACUAUUAAUGUCUGAUGUGGACCUUAUUAAUCUUCUAGAUGAGAGAUUUGUUGUUAAGCUCUUGUCAUGAACGUUACAGGCAGGCUGGGUAGCUUAGAUGCUGAAGUCUGAGAUUACCUUCCAGAAUCAUAACCCUCUUUCCAAUCACAUUUCAGGCAACACCAAGCCCACUAUCAUUCCCAACCAGGCCCAACUCGUCGUCCCACUCAACCAUCCCCUCGACCUGCGAUGCAAGAGUGAAAACAAGACACAGUGGUGGCGAGAAAACCGGCAAAGACCUCUUAAAACAACGCAAAUCGAUGGGAUGAGGAGAGUAUUUUACCUCAAAGCGAUGAGUGUCCAUAGUGGUCGUUACAUGUGCCGGGAUGAAAAGUCCAGCGAGGAAGCCUCCAUCUUCGUCUUCGUGAAAGAUCCAGAGAAUCCCUUUAGAAAAUCAGCGAUAAACAGCAUUCUUAUUCGUGAGGGAAACAACGCUGCCAUCCCAUGCCUUGCAACUGAUCCAAGUAUGCUCAACUUAACUUUGGAAAUGUGCUCUGGAGAAGCCCUCCCCGCUGGUCUCCGGUAUUCUACGAGCCUGGAGCAAGGGAUCAUCAUCCACGACGCAAAGCUGACUUACGGAGGAUGCUAUGUGUGCACGGGGACGCUCGAGGGAAGAGCUGUGAAAUCAGAAAAAUACUCCCUGACAGUCAAGAGAGUCCCUUUAGGUCCUCCUGAAAUUCAGAUGCAGCAUCCCAGGAGAAUCAUUCUAACGCGAAAUGAAAAUUUGUUGAUUACCUGCAAUGCCACCAAUGUCAAUGGAGAGUUCACAGUGAAUUGGGUGACACCACCUGGCUCGGGUGCCAUCUGGUGUCCACAGCAACCAGCAAAGGUUGAUGGCGAUGCACGCAUCCUGAUGAAGGACUACUCUCACGCCCGCAGUCUCACGCUGCAAAUAGAGUCCGUGCGUCCACAGGACGCUGGGAGUUACAAAUGCGAAGCCAGAAACGAAAAAGGGAACAGCACGAUGUCCGUGUGGCUGGACGUUUAUGAACGGGGAUUCAUCAGCUCCGCAGAAAUCCACAACAGAACCUUCCAGGUCCGCACCGGCGACAGUUUGUCUCUGAACGUUAGCAUGGAGGCGUAUCCAAAGCCGCACGCCGUCUCCUGGAGCUUCAUGGGCGAGAAGCUCAGAAACACCAGCGACCAUGUCAUCACCACGCACAGCAGGGACUACAGCUACGUCAGUGAGUUGAGGCUGGUGCGGCUCAAACCAGGAGAAGGUGGCAUUUAUACCUUCGAAGCCUCCAACGGCGACGCGGCGGUAAAGCACAACUUCUCCGUGUUUGUUAUCAGUAAGCCUGCGAUCAUAGAUCAUGGGGGCCCGGUGGACGGACAGGUGCGCUGUGUGGCCGAAGGCUACCCUGCCCCCCAGAUCAAAUGGUACUACUGCGAGAAGCACGUCAGGUGCUCCCAGCAGAAAAACGCCACCCAUGAAGAGCGCGCCGUCAUGACCAUCAUGUCGGGAAGCACCAGCUUCGAGAAGAGGGUGGAGAGCUGGGUCAACAUCAGAAGGCGGUUCAGUACUCUGGAGUGCGUCGCCAUCGGGGACGGAGAGCAGUCCCACAUACUGUUUUCUAUCACGGAGGAAAGGCACGGUCUGUUCACUCCUCUCCUAAUUGGCUUCAUAUCAGCAGCAGGCAUCCUCUGUCUCAUUGUUAUCCUGUUGCUCUACAAGUACAUGCAGAAACCCAAAUACCAGAUCCAGUGGAAAGUCAUUGAGGGAAUCCACGGCAACAACUAUGUGUACAUCGACCCCACGCAGCUGCCCUACAAUCACCAGUGGGAGUUCCCACGGAACAACCUGCGUUUCGGGAAGACGUUGGGAUCUGGGGCGUUUGGGAAAGUGGUGGAGGCCACAGCGUAUGGACUCUCCAACGCUGACUCGGUCAUGACGGUCGCGGUGAAAAUGCUCAAAUCAAGCGCUCAUGCCACGGAGAAAGAGGCACUGAUGUCAGAGCUGAAGGUCCUCAGUUACUUGGGAAACCACAUCAACAUCGUCAACCUGCUGGGAGCCUGCACUGUGGGAGGACCAACGCUGGUCAUCACAGAAUAUUGCUGCUUUGGGGACCUUCUUAACUUCCUCCGGAGAAAGAGAGAAUCUUUCAGCACCUGUGAGCUAAAGGAGAACUACUCCUACCGCAACUUCAUACAACAGAGAGCUGCAGACGGAUCGUGCGUGGGAGGGUCUUUGGACAGCAGGACUGAGCUCAGACCAGACUGCUCCUUUCCUCUUCACAGUGACAGCUUGAACGGCUACAUGAGCAUGAGGCCUUCUGUCGCUGGCAACUCACCGUCGAGCUCGUCCUCGGAGCGGAGACAGUCACUACGCAAAGGUGGCCCGUACCUCGAAGCUGACGCGGUCGGCGAGAUGUUCGAUGAGGACGACUUGUCUCUAGACACCGAGGAUCUCCUCAGCUUCUCGUACCAAGUGGCCAAAGGCAUGGAGUUCUUAGCCUCCAAAAAUUGCAUUCACAGAGACCUCGCCGCCCGGAACAUCCUGCUGACUCAAGGAAGAGUGGCGAAGAUCUGCGAUUUCGGCCUGGCGAGGGACAUCACCACGGACUCGAACUACGUGGUCAAGGGCAACGCCCGCCUGCCGGUGAAGUGGAUGUCCCCAGAAAGCAUCUUUGAGUGCGUCUACACGUUCGAGAGUGACGUGUGGUCCUAUGGCAUCUUGCUUUGGGAAAUUUUCUCACUGGGAAACAGUCCGUAUCCUGGAAUGCCUGUGGACGCCAAAUUCUACAAACAGAUAAAAGAAGGAUACCGGAUGGACGCGCCGGAGUUCGCGCCCAGCGAAAUGUAUCAAAUCAUGAGUUCCUGCUGGGAUGCGGACCCCUUCAAGAGACCCCCCUUCACGAAAGUGGUUGAGAGCAUUGAGCAGCAGCUGUCGGAUGCCACUAAACAUAUUUAUUUGAACUUCAGUUCCAGACUCCCUGUGUUGCCUAGAGCGAGGGAGGAAUCCAGUUCUCAGAGCACAGCGACUCUCAGCUCUUUCUCAGCCAGCAGUAAGAGCGCUCCAUCGCAGCCCCUACUGGUUCAGCAUGAAGUCUUCGUGGAGGGGACAAACCUUCAGGCCCAGUGGGUGUAAGGACCCGCCGGACUUGUUUGGCUGCCUCAAAGUGCCUGUGAUGUUUCGCCACAAAUCAUCCAAACCACUACUUUUCGUCCGCCUCCGCCCUCCCUCUCCCGAAUCCCCCCGUUACCAGCGAAGGUUGCAGUAAGAACAGUAAGCGCGUCCGUGGACAAACGGAUUUUAUCUUUGCGAUCGCUGUUCUUGCCUGCUCAGUGCUGGGAGGACACUUGGACUAUUGCUCCCAAGCUCCAGAAGUCUGAAGGCACCACAGAGGCUGGGCAGCCGUCACACAUUACUCAUCAUGUUAUUACACUGUUACAUUGGUUGGUUAUUUUACACUUUUUCAUGUCUCCUUUACAUUUCAUUAAAGUUGUUUCAUCAUUUUAUUAUUUUUUUUUUCAAGGAGAGGAUGGGGGGAUCAGUCCACAUAUAGCAGAUGUCUGUUUUUCUUUUUACUUUGGUGUUAUUUUUUGGGUUAUUCUUUGUUUUGUUUUUGUUUUUUUCUGUCAUAGAGCAUCGUUUGCGUUUUUUUUUUUUCUUUCUUUCUUUUUCUUUGUUUUUGACUGUUGCAGUUGUUGGAAAAGAAAGCACUCGAGGCACUUAAACUUUUCUUUAUUCCAUACAUCACAUGAUGCAAAUAAUACAACUUUUUUUCUCUUUUGUUUUUAUCACUUUCAUUGUCAGUAUUACUUUCCGACUGUGCAGAUCUAUGCUGUAUGAAGAAGAUACAUUCGGGGGCCAAUUUGAACCGAGAUACGAUGACACAGACACUUCUAAGCUAUUAGGCAACGGCGACAUAUCCAUAAGUGCUUCGAGUUCAUUCGGAGGUAAAUCCGGGACGGCAGCACCUCAAACGCAAACGACUUUUGGGACUUUAGUUAAGCAAACACCAUGAUCAGUGCAUGACUGCAGCUACAGCAUAGAUAUAGAUGUGGUAUGCGACCCUUAAUGCUUCCUUGCGUUGCUGACAGCUGGACCGCGAGAGGUAUCGAUCUCUUGUAAAAGAUGUACAUAACUGUUUCCUCCCACAUCUCCCGCUGUUUAUAUGUUUACAAGCGUGAGGUAGGUACUGCCAUUUCUCAGAUGUGUUUUCACAACUUCCCCCCCCAACUCUUGGGGGGGGGGGUAUCUGUCGGUUUGGAUUUUUUUUUUUGUUGUUGUUUGUUUGUUUUAACCAACUCAGAUUGGUGUGUCACCCCAUGCUGGCGAGCAGGUGCAGUUCUCCAACUAAGACACGCUGAACCUGAUGUGAUAUGCCAUUAGGUUGGAUUGCAGUAACCCCUGAGGUGAUAGGAGCGAGAGGGAAGAGAAGAAAACAUCACAGAUUCUUUCCUAGCUAUGCGUUCAGAAGGUGACACUCGGUGCAGAACUUAUUGUGUUUGGCCAUCUCAUUGUUCUCUGGCCAGUAGCUGGUUUCCUUGCCGUCCAUCUCGUCUUCUUCUUCUUCUUCUUCUUCUUUUUUUUUUUUUGGGUCAUCCAGUUGUUUCCUCUGUCGGAAGAGGGGGAUUUUCAGCGCCUCUCAGCCAGUCGUCUGGAGUGGUCCCGGCAUCUCUCCCAGCUGUGGGUGUUGUUCAGAGGAGUGGAAAGUGUCCUGUUUGCGUGUGCUACGUGUGUGUGUGUGUGCGCGUGAGCCAGUGUGCCCGUCCUCCUUCGUGUGUGUGAGCGUGUGCGAGUUUCAAAGAGUUACUGUCAAGAGGUGCCACUACUACAGAUUCAUCUAGCUUACUAAAGACCCCACAGUCUUACUGCUCUCGUCUUUUUGUAAAUACAUAUGUGCGUAUAUUACAAAGUAACAUCAGUACUUUGGAAGAUGUUUAUGCUAAUGAAGAAGCGGUACAGUGAUACAGAAAUUAUUAUGCUUUAUUUUCGUAUAGGUGCACAGAUAUAUAGAUUCAACCAGAGAAUCUGCAUGUUGCUCUUCUUUCUACGACGUUAUUAACAGAAAGGAUUUCAUUUUGGCCAAUUCCAGUUGUUCGCUGCACUUGGCAAGUUUACUAGUUUCCUCCAGUGACACUGCUCCGAAUGGUCAGAUCCGAUCAGAAAACGUUGAAUAUGACAAAAUUAUACAAUUGGGAAAGGAGCCUUAUUGAAUACCAGACUAUUUUUCAUGCAACUGCUUGCUGCAUUUCCCCUGUGUAUUUAUUUGAAGCUUCAGAGUUACUGUGUAAAUCUUAAAUGUUGCUAUUACAAGUGUCAAUGUAAAUAAAAUUGUGUAUAUUGAACUCUCA